AUGAUUGCCGCACGGAACUCUGCGGUCGUACAAUCGAAGCCGAAGCCACCUCCAAUGCCUUCGCUAGAAGCCAUCGCGAAGUUGAUAGGAGUCAAUCUGGAAUCGGAGCCAGAGUUAACGCAUAUCGUGUCGGAGAUGCAGACUACUCCGUUACCACCUACGUGGACAAUCGAGGAGAUUGGCGCCGGCCAAACAACAUCUAGAUCGUCACGCUUCACGACCACUGGCAGCACCACUAGCCACACCGCCGACAGCGAAGCCAACCUGCCUGCGUCAACCAUCGCCCCCAAGCUGGAGUACGUCAACCGGUUAACGAGAGAACGGACGUGUACGCACCCGGGGACGCCGUACUUUCUCCGCGCCGUUGAGCAGCAGAGGGUCAGCAACCAGCGUCAGCGUCGCGGAGAAGUUGUGGUGGUGUCCGGCACGUCGCCAAAGGCCAAUAACAGCAAACACAAAUGCAUCAUUGACACCAUGGAUUGGUCGUUCCCGUUGACAACUACCCACCCGGAGGAAGAUCGCCACGCAGGUCAAGGCAGUGCUCCUAGAGUUAGCACUAUCCACGACGACACCGCCGCCAUGGACGACGAACAACCGGUGGCGUCAACCACCGAUUCCGGUACAAACAACAGCAGUAAGGUGCGGGUGGUGCGCAGGGAAAAGCCAGAGGCGGGCAGCGGUACGGUGGCGGCGUCGAGUUUAGCCGAGGAAGAACUAGACAACGGGGCAGCCCGAAGAUCGACUCACCAAAAGCGCGCGCCGAGUCCGGGACGCAAGGGUGGCAAGCGGAGGACGCCCCCACCUAAGUGGCUGGUCUUUACUUCUUGGUGGCACGUGAGGAGAUGUUCUUCCAGCCGCACCGCAGAGACCACAACCGGGACAGAGAACACCGUCAACCGCAAGCACGCCUCCAUACGAUACUCUGCAGCCAACGGAUCCCUCGAGGUGGAACUUGAGGACGUCCCGGCCAUUUUCGAGGUCUCGCACGCCACGGGGAGGCAGACGAAAGCCAGCGGUUUCGUUAAGUGCGUGUGUGAUGGGGUGACGGCUCAGUGGCUCGAGAGUGAGGUCCGAGCCAUCACGAAGGCAAAGGCGGCGUUAAUCGCGGCUAUCGAAGACGGGGGGGACAGCGUGAGAGUCACUUGCCGCAGCGAUCGGCUCCAAGUGGCUGCCUCCGCGCAGCGAGGGAGCGGCUCCGUGGGACAGGCGGCCGAGAUGGACCGCCGAGCUCUGAUACAAGACGUGGCGACCCUGCGGGACAUCCUGGCGAAGACCCAGCCGGAAGAAGCCAGGAGGCUGACCGACGGACUGGUUUUCGCCUGA